AUGUUUCAGUUGCGUCUCAUUGACUGGGGACUGGCUGAAUUCUAUCACCCAGGACAGGAGUACAACAUCAGAGUCGCCUCUCGCUACUUUAAAGGACCAGAACUACUGAUAGAUUACCAGAUGUAUGACUACAGUCUUGAUAUGUGGAGUCUUGGUUGUAUGCUGGCCAGUAUGCUCUUUAGGAAGGAGCCAUUCUUCCAUGGGCAUGAUAACUAUGACCAGUUGGUGAGAAUAGCUAAAGUUCUUGGGACAGAAGAUCUUUAUGAUUGCAUUGAUAAAUACAACAUUGAGCUGGAGCCUCGAUUUAAUGACAUUCUGGGAAGACAUUCCCGUAAGCGAUGGGAGCGGUUCGUUCACAGUGAAAACCAACACUUGGUCAGUCCUGACGCUCUUGACUUUCUGGACAAGUUGUUGCGUUACGACCAUCAGACCAGACUGACUGCAAGAGAGGCCAUGGAGCACCCCUACUUCUUCCCUGUUGUGAAAGAUCAGUCUCGCAUCGCAGGAUCAACUACUGUGCCAACAACUAACACUGCAGUGAGCACUGCCACUAUGAUAACAGGAAUAGCUGCGCUUCCAGCCUCCACAGCUCUAGGGUCCCUGACGGGUUCCCCCAUUCUCAUGGCUCCCAGCAGCCUAAACACUCCAGUGCCUGCAGCCACGGGGGCCGCUCAGUGAUGUCACCGUACCCGUCAGUCCACAUCAAACCUGCUGAGGAUCUCUGGGACUGUUGUUACAUAGAGCUCUUCGGCACCACAAGCCCUGUUUACCCGGCAGUGCAGCAUGAGUUUAUCUGAAAUUGAAUGCACUUCAUCAUGAGAUGUUCACCAUCAUGCAUUCACCUCAGGCAAAAGUGCGCAGGAUGUGUUUGAGAGCUUAUUCACAGAAAGAGAAUCAUCACGUGUGAUAUUACAUACAUUGUCCUGCCAUUAAACAGCUUAGCUUUACUUGAAAAUGGAUGGACUAUUUGGAGCAAGUGAAGCAUGCGGUAGCACAGUAUUUCUGUCAGCAGUCAAUGAGCAAAUCCUCUCUCAAGUGUGAAAUGAUACUGCCGUUAUACAGCUGUGGCCGUAGUUCAGAGUGUGUAUUGGUGCUGUUUACUGUAGCUCACGUCAGGUCACACCAAUCGCCUUUACUCAACACACAGCAGUGUCUUUAGCUCCUCUCACUGUGGACGUCCCGUAUAAAUGGCAAUGCUGUGGCAUUU